CUGUCAAUACCGUUGACCUAAUUUACAAGACUGACUGAAUACAUACUCAUCCUAUCAGACUGGUUAUUGAUGAUCCGGGUCCGGGCGUAGCUGGUGUUUUCACUCAGUGUUUUCAAUACCUGUCUGGUUUCUCCUCUGUGCAAUGAGUAUAAGUCACUCUCAACAGGUUGCAUCAGAAGUCUUGACCAAUGGAGUCGAUUAUCCUGCAAUGCCCUGGUUUGGAAUGGAUAUUGGUGGGACACUCACAAAGCUUGUGUACUUUGAGCCAGCAGACAUAUCGGAGACCGAAGAAUUGCAAGAGGUGGAGACAUUACGCACCAUCCGGCAUUACUUGACGGGAAAUGUUGCCUACGGCGACACAGGAAUCCGAGAUGUGCACUUGGAGAUGAAGAAUACAGUCCUCGGCAGUAGAAGAGGAACAAUGCAUUUCAUUCGUUUCCCAACCAGCCAGAUGUAUCAGUUUAUUGAUCUGGCAAAAUCAAAAAACUUUUCCAGUCUUUCCAGUGCAAUAUGUGCAACAGGGGGUGGUGCUUACAAGUUUGAAGAGGAUUUUUUCAAGAUUGUAUCUCUACAACUACACAAGUAUGAUGAACUGGACUGUUUGUUGAAAGGCAUUCACUACAUAGACCGCAGCAACCCACAGUCAGAAUGCUACUACUGGAAAAACCCACAGGAACACGACAAAUGUGAAAAAGUACCAUUUGACUUUCGAGACCCCUAUCCCUAUUUAGUUGUUAAUAUUGGAUCUGGUGUUAGCAUACUAGCAGUUGUCUCCCCUACAGAAUAUAGAAGAGUCAGUGGUACCAGUUUGGGAGGAGGGACCUUUCUAGGACUGUGCUGUUUGUUAACUGGUUGUGAGACCUUUGAAGAGGCGAUCGAGCUGGCUUCAACGGGAGAUUCAACAAGUAUUGAUAAACUAGUGCGAGACAUUUAUGGGGGAGACUAUGAGAAGUUCAAUUUGAAAGGACACACUGUGGCCAGCAGUUUUGGCCAGAUGAUGUCUAAAGAGAAACGAGCUAUGGCAUCGAAGGCAGAUUUGGCGAAAGCAACACUUGUUACGAUAACCAACAACAUUGGAUCUAUAGCCCGGAUGUGUGCCAUUACGGAGAAAAUUGAGCGAGUUGUUUUCGUUGGAAACUUCUUGCGUGUGAAUACGGUAUCCAUGAAGCUGCUGUCAUAUGCAAUGGAAUUUUGGUCUAAGGGAGCAACAAAAGCCUUGUUCUUGGAACAUGAGGGUUAUUUCGGCGCUGUCGGAUGUUUGAUGGAAUAUCUGAAGUUAGGACAUCCUUGCCAUGACCUUUGAAAUCCUGAUCAAGUCUAAUUGGUGCUGGGACCACUACUAAUACUAUACUGUUGUUAUUUAUACAGAGCUAUAUAUUUUCUUAUGAUUAUCAGAGUGUAGUUUACACGCAUAUAAUAGGGUUUGCACAUCGAUAUAUGAACCAUAUAGUUUUUGUUACAAAGACAUAGAAAAUGUGAUAUUAAGUGGAUAGGAAUUGACCAGUGGAUAUAAACUGACAAUCAUGUUUAGCAUUUAUUAAAUUUAAACUGUGAUGCUUUCUUUUAAUGAUCCUUAAAAAAACCCUUUAUAAACAAUCAAACUUCAUUAUGAUCUCAAUACUGAAGUGACAGAAUCGACAAUCGACUCCGAUAUUCAUUUGGUGACUUAAUACAGGCACUAAUCUAGGAUUGAAAAGUAGGGGUGCAUCGAUACGGUCAAAACCGUAUUGCGAUAUAUUGCGAUACAACAAACCGUAUUGCAGUAUGUAUUGUGAUAUAUCUGAUAUUAUUUAAAUUUAAUAUUUGUGGAUUUUUUUAAUGAAGCCAGAAGUGAAACAAAUCCAAUUGUGUACAUUUAACAUAAUCAAAUAAAUAAUAAAUGAAAGGAAUAAAAUGUAUGAGUUUUAACUACCAUAUAUAUGUAUAUAACGUAUGAGUAUUCAGUACUGUGUCGAGAAAAUUAAUAACAGAUAACACCGUCGGGAUAUUUGACAGCUUGAGCUAGCUCCAGGGAGCAUUUUUGUACUUUUCUAGGACCUAGCUGUAAUUACCGGUAGAUUUCCCCCAAGUUUUGUCUGGACAAAAAUCAUGGGAAAAAAACAAAAAACAUUACAAUGACAAACAUUCCACAUACUAGAUGGUCACCUGUAUCGACUUCUAUAUUUCCCAGGCUAAAAAGCAUGAGAUUUUUCGCCUGCUGCCUUUUCGUGUCAUCGCUAAGUUAAAGUUAACCACAUAAACAGACGAGUGGUAUGCAUGGUUAUUUGCACACUUUCGAUAUUUUAAUUGACAGCUGAUAGUCCCGAGUGCACAGCGUGGUACAAUUAAUAAAAUGCUAAGUUUUUUAUUUGUUUGUUUGUCAAAUAAGAUACAAGAAAACAAUAUCGUGUAAAAAUCGCGAUACACAAUACUGUACUGCGGUUCAUAUCAAGCUGAUGAAACAUGGGCCCAUUGGGCUAUUUUUCAUUCCAGCCAGUGCACCACGACUGGUAUAUCAAAGGCUGUGGUAUGUACUAUCCUGUCUGUGGGAUGGUGCAUAUAAAAGAUCCCUUUCUGAUAA